UUUCUGUUGAUACGGAACUUCUGUAUGCUCAUAGAGUGAGUGUUGCGACUGGAGAGACUCUCACAAUUGUAUAUUGGCUUAGAGAUCAUCCCAAUUGAUGGAUAAAUCCACUGGAAAAUGUGUGUGUUGCGUGCAUAAUUGAAACCUAAUUGAGCGGUUGUGGAAGUUCACCGAAAAGUAAAAUAGAAAUUGCACACAGUCAACCCAAAAGCUUCGAGCUUUUUGCUAAUAUUCUUAUCAUGUUACUCACCAAUUCGGUGUAUGAAAUGGAGAUUAUAUGCCGUGGAGCGUGCAAUUGAGUGGAAAUUUCACAUCUCAGUUGGUGGUUUUCCACAUUUUCGAUAAGCCAGCAGAGCAGCAAAACAGGUUGUUGAGGAACAUCAAUUGCGCUUCGGGAAAAUUCACUCACAUAUAAUAUUUCGGUGUAAUUUCUGUGCGUGUUGGUGCUAUUAAAUUUUCAAAUAAACAAGAAUAUAAGGAGGAAAAUAACACCAUAUACACUUUUAUCAUAGAAGUGGAAAAUAUUUCCAGUGUCGUGUGUGUUAAACAUUUCUCCUCACAAUUGGUGAAAGAGACAGUGUGAGAGGGAAGGAAAAGUUACCCUCAAUUGCUUAACAAUUGUUUGAAGGCGGCAGCAAGAUUAAAUUUCUCGUGUGACGUGGAUAAGAAGAAAAUUGCAUAGAGAUAAAGAGAGUGUAAGGACUCUAUCUUGUGUGAAUGUUCAACAGUGUGAGGGGUGUUCGCGAAAUCAGCGUGUGAAGGGUAGCAACACAAUGAUUUUAUAGAGAGAGAGAGAGAGCUUGUGAGGAGAAAUUCGUAGACAAAAAGGAAAGGUUCAACUCGCAGUUGAAAACAGGGAGAGGAAGCGUAGAAUUUGACACAAACAAGAAGAAAGAGGCGGAAAAAGCAGAGCCAAAAUGGGUUGCUUGGGCAGCAAAGAUCGUCUCACGAAAGAAGAUAUGGAGUUCCUUAAAUCACACACGCGAUACGAUGAGGCCACCAUUAAGGAAUGGUACAAGGGUUUUAAGCAAGACUGUCCGAAUGGUCGACUAACUCCAGCCAAAUUCGUCGACAUGUACAAAAUGUUCUUCCCAUCUGGGAAUGCUGAAGAAUUUUGUGAUCAUGUUUUCCGGACGUUUGAUAUGGAUAAAAAUGGUUAUAUUGAUUUUAAGGAAUUUCUACUGGCAAUAGACGUUACAUCGAGUGGUACGCCGGAGGAGAAGUUAAAAUGGGCAUUUAGGAUGUACGAUGUGGACGGAAAUGGCGUCAUAGACAUUCAGGAGAUGACGAAAAUUGUACAGGCCAUUUACGACAUGCUCGGCGCUUGUUCGUCAAAUCGCCCCGCCGAUUCGGCUGAGGAGAGAGCCAAGAAUAUAUUUGCAAAGAUGGAUGAGAACAAUGAUGGGCAACUGACGCAGGAUGAGUUUUUGAAAGGUUGCCUCCAGGAUGAGGAAUUAUCAAAAAUGUUGGCGCCUUAAGAAGGCGUUUCAUAGAGACAAACAUGAGUUAUUUAAAAUAACAAUUACAAUUUACAAGAUAUUAAUUGUAACUUAAGUGAAGAUAAAGAAUAGGAGAAGAGACAAGCGUAUUCUACUCUCCAAAUGCAAAAAGUAACUCUGUACAAUUCAUAUAUGAAUUAUUGUUGAUGGACAUUGAGAAUAGCAAUCAUCAGGGUGGAAAAUUCUAUUUAUGAUUUCAUUUAAACUUUAUUAAGAAGUUUCCUUUAAUUAUUUUUCCGCAUCGCCGCUCACUCUCUCAUAUUUAAUUAUUAAUUAAUUCAUUUUUUACUCCUCAUCCUCGUUCAACUCAGUGAGUCAAAUAAGAUUUCCAUCCCGGAGUUUCCGCGAUAAACAUCUAUCCAUCCAUUAGCAUCCUGAGCAGAGGCGUCACAGAGUGCUAAAUCCUCGUUUUUCUCCGUCUAUGUCGCAAUUUACAUUACAUAUGACGAAUUGCAACGUAUUAUUUCCGAGAUUCACGUCUUAAGAUUGUGAAGGGAAGAAAUGCACAGAGACUUUCUCAAUGACAAGGAUAAAUGCCAUGGAUUCAAUAAAUUCCGCCCUCUUUUCGUCUGCCAUCCCGUUCAAGUUGAGAUGAUUAUUGACAAUCCUCCUUGUGUAAUAAACUCCAAGACGACAGAGAACAUUCCAAAUGGCAUGAAUGUGGAUGAGGAAAUUCCUUUUGAUUCCCAAUGUUGUCGAUCAAACUUUUUACAGUCUCACCAGAGAAAAUAUUUCCAUGCUCUUUAUCCCUCUUCUUAUGGCAGAGAUAUUUCUCAGCAAAUAUCUUUCAUACAAAUUCACAUCGAAUACGAGGACUUUUGGGCUCCAAUUAGAACAUUCCGGGUCGUCAAUCGCGACAGAUGGAAUGCGCUUCAAGUGAAAAUUCCACUUGAUGACCUUUUCCUGCUCUGCUUUCUCCUCAUUCUCUCUCUCUCUCUCCAUUUUUCCACCCAACUUCACUGUGUAUUCACCCUCAAUUAAAAAUUAAUGAACUAAUUAUUAGCCGUGAAUUACAGCAUAAAUUAAUUACGAGCAUUUCCUUUGCUUCUUCGGCGCAACAGAUUUUUCCCUCUUCGUUUUUUCUCGAGUGGAGGGAAGAUCUUAAAUAGGCAAAUGCUUCGCAUCUUAGAAAUAUAUGAAUAGUGAAUUUUUUAAAAUGCAACUCUCAAAGACAAUCUCUCUCAAACUUAUGGAGGAAAAAAAGAAACUUGCAAAUUUACUGAUAUAAAUUGUUAAAGGGACAUUUUUAAGAUGGAUUAUAUAAUGAUAAAGUAUGGAUAAUGAAAUAAUUUCGCUCCCUCGCAUCUAAUGGCGAGGGAAAUGCAAUUUUUCUCUGCGAAAUAUUGUACUGUGUCCUUAUCCAUAGCACGGAUGAGGUGCACUAUGGGACAUACUUGGAAGAAAUGACAAAUGCAGUAAUUGUGCACGCUGUACUGGUUUAAUAGGAUAUUUCGUGGCGAAUUAGAUUAUAGUCAUAUAUCAUCGUACUUUCUUCUUUGGACAAAAUCAAGUCACAAGCAACUAGUUGCAAGUGAUUGUCUCACACUUGUUGACUCUGGUGCUCAUGAGUAAAUAUCAUUUCUCCAGUUCUUACACUUCACACAGAAUAAUUCAUUCCUCACCAUAUCUUAAAUGCAUUUCGUAACUUUUAAUUUCAUUUUUCUCUCUUUGAAAAGAAUAUUGAAAACAAUUGAGGGAACAUUGGCUGUUAAGUGGAACAAUUUAAUUUAUGUCACUCGAAUCUCACUGAUCGACCUUCUUGGAGAUCAGUAUAAAGCCAUGAGAGAUAUGUUGGGAUUUACUCCUUUUGCAGAGUGUAUGGGAGAAUGGCAUUUCCGAUCUCCACCCGUGGAAAUGCUCUGCUUAUUAGCAUGCAUUGACAUAAAAUAGAUUGAUCCGCUAAACUGCAGCACAGCCCAUGUAAGGAGAAAAUAUCGCUAGAUAGGCAAUCAACCACGUGAUGACAUUUCUAAUAAGAAUAUUUUAAAUAUUAAUGACAUGAGAAACCUAAAGUAAAUGUAGGCGUUAAGUGGAAAAGAAAUCAUAUUAAAUACUAUAUUAUAUACAUAUUACUAUUAUAGAAAUUGAUGGGCACAAAGCUUAUUUUACUAUUACCACAAAUGAGAAAACCAAAUGGCUUUUACUGAACAUGGCGAGAAACUAUCUUUAAAGUGAACAACUGUACUAUUUUCAUGGUGUAUACUCGUAAGAAAGGCAAAGAAAGGCUACUUCUAUUGCUAAAUAUGAUGACAUUUUUCUACUGGUCUAAUGAAAAACUCUUCUUUCUGAAUGCGCAUUAUUUUCUUCUCUUGAACUAAAAGGAAAACGUCAUGUAAGAAGAUAUCGAAGAUAAAAAGAAAUUCUCUGUAUCAACUAAAUAGAUGUUAUAACAUGAGUGUUUUACUUCAUCAUGUAAUAAAACAAAGUGGCGGAAAGGUUAAUAUUCAAAUAUUCAAUGAAAACCAAAAAUAUUAUCUCUCGAUGUAAUAUUGAAUGUAAUUCAUCAUCAAGCAAACACGUAUUUUCAUCUCAAUAUUGUCAGCAAAGUUUUAUUCCCCCUCCAAUUUCAUCGUGGUCAAUUAUGAAAUCAAAUGGAAAAAUGAAAUAUGAGAUUCUGAAAAGCUUUGCUUUUGAAAAAAUGAUCCAAAGAUAACAAAAAGAUAUAUUGUUAAAUCACUGCCCCAAAAUUUUAAUUCAUUUUGACGAAGGAUGUUAAGGAAAAAAGAUACUUAUGACAAUGUAAUGGUUCGAGCUAAAAAAAACAAUGGAUAUGCAUAUUAAAGGAAAAGGGAAUUUUUUUAAAUAUGAAAAAAAAUCAUUGUAGUGAGUGUAAAGGAUGGUCUUGUCCAAGAAAUAUUUUGAAUUUAUCAAUUAUGAAAAAAUAAUUAUGGAUAUUGAGAAAGUAAUAAUGUGCGCAUCAAUGUUAAAUAAUGUGCGCUAUAAAACAUGCAGAUAAAUUUAAUCAAUUUUAAUAAAAAAACAUAAAUCAACAUGAAAAAUGUUAAGGACAAUGAAUAGAUGAUCGGGAAAUGAGGUUUUUUGUGAAGGAUUUCGAGAAGAGACGAAAUAGUGUGUGUGUGUGUAAGGCAAAAACCAGCAGGAAAAUUGUUGAAUAAAAUUCACCAACAAAGUAAAUAAGUAUGAAAAUCACAUGUGUUGUAAUUAGAACAGAAUAUUAUUUAAUUAUAAAUUAAUUGACAUAUCGAUAUAAAAUUGCUCUUUUACAUUUUUAACCGGCUGCUCGCGUUUUGUGAUGUUUUUCGCGGAAAAUUUUUGCCACAUUUGCAACGUGCAAUUGAUGUACGUAAUUGUGAAUAAUUUAUUUAAUUACUGUCUGUCUCU